AUGGCGUCCGCCGGAAUCAGCAGCAUGGGGAAUGGCAAGGCCGUGCGUGCGCUGCUCGCCAUCGUCGCCGUCAUCGCCGCGUGUCUCCCCCAGCCGUCGCAAGCAGCAGCAGCAGCGAGCGUGUCGGUCCCAGUGCCGAUAGGCACGCCGAUGACAAUCAACGGGCGCACAUUCAAAUUCUCGCCGCGCCGCUGUGUCAACCUUCCCGCCAUGUCGCCGUCUCAGAAGGCGCGGGUGGUGGUGCCGUGGCAGCAGGCGAGCAUGUCUGGCAAGGCUAUGUGCCGCGCGAUCUGGUUCUUCCAGGAUCCCGCGUGCAAAGGACAGACGUUGGACGUUUUCGUGAAUGGCCAACAGAGGUGCGCCUUCCAUUCUUGCUCGCCUUGCUUCCAUGCUCCCUAUGCUCUUGAUGCCGCUCGUUUGCUCCCCCACCUGAUCAACGAUCGUUUGCACUCGUGGCGCCCUCCCUCCCCCUGUGUGCAGUGA